CAGAACUUCCGUGCUCGGUACAUAACUCAGUAAGGUACUGUGCUUUCCUUGGGAAGAGGCAGACUUCCGCUUGGCCUUAGAAUGGCAGACCAUGAGACAGAUGACGAAGAAUUGAACGCUGCAAUCGCAAUGUCUUUGUCCAGUCAGCAGCGAGACUCACCACCAACGAUCAGACCGCCGCCGCUCUCAGGCCUCCUAGGACUCGACCGGAAGACAAUGGAGGCGGAGAGGUUAGCCAGAUUGAACAAGAAACGCCCACGAUCGAUAUCACCGCCGCCCGUCCGCGAAUCUAGGAAAGCCCCAAAGCUCGAAACGACCAGUAUAGAUCUGGCUGGUGGAGCUCGACUCAAUAUGCUGUCGACAGCUGUCCAGCAACGAGGGCAGGCUGAGAAACCAGCAGCAGCACAAGCGGCGAACCAUCGCAUGAAGACCGAGUUGUUAUCUGCAUCUGCCAGUAGCAUGAGCUCCGUGCCCACAUCUGCAACUGGAGGCUUACAAUAUCCUCGUGGCGUGAUCAAGAAGACGUGGGCAUUUGGGCACGAACGUUCUGGCAACGAAAUCAAAAUUGAGGAAGUUCUCGAGCCGCUCAGUGUCCGUACCGCAGUACUGUCCGCAUUCCAGUGGGACACGCAAUGGAUCCUUUCAAAGCUAAGGACACCAUUGAACGGCGGAAAAACAAAGUGUAUCUUCGUCAUGCAAGCAAAAGAACAAAAAGACCGGGAUCAGUGGCGAGAGGAUGCAAGUGACAUGAGGCACUUCCUUCGCUUGUGUUUUCCAAACAUGUCAGGCCUGAUCAAUUGCAUGCACUCGAAGCUGAUGCUCCUUUUCCACGCUGACAAGUUGCGCAUUGCGAUACCAACGGCGAACCUCCUGAACUUCGAUUGGGGCGAGACGGGUCAAAUGGAAAACACUGUGUUCUUGAUCGACCUGCCGAGGCUGCCCCAAGGCCAAAAGAAUGAUCUCACUUCCUUCGGCAGGGAACUCAUGUUCUUUAUUGAGAUGCAAGGGCUCGACCAAGACGUUAGGGAUGGCGUGCUGAAUUUUGACUUCUCUGCAACUGCAGACAUUGCAUUUGUGCAUACUGUCGGUGGUGUACACUACAAAGAUCAAGCUGCUCGAACUGGUCUCCUGGGACUGAGUCGCACAGUACGGCAAAUGGACUUGGUGGCCGGGCCCAGCCUUGAGAUCGAUUUUGCAGCAUCGUCUAUCGGGGCCCUGACUGACAAGCAGUUGAACGACUUCCAUAUGGCAGCCAGAGGGGUUGAUCUGCUUGCGCAUGCUAGAGAAGCACGGUCGAAAGCAGGCGCCAGCUUUUUCAAGAAGGCCGGCAGCAAGACUGUCACCGCGACAACGAAUGUGCGCAAGAAAAUACGCGUCUAUUUUCCCACCAAGGAAACCGUUCGCAGCUCAACGGCUGGUGCGGCCGGAACCAUUUGCUUGCAGAGGGAGUACUAUGAGAGAAACAGCUUCCCAAAGGAAUGCUUCAGAGACUAUCGCUCUACAAGAAAAGGCCUGCUGAGCCACAACAAGAUCUUAUGCGCUCGCGGCUUCAGAUCUACAGCCUCUGAACACGCAGACCCGCCAGGCGUUUCCGUGGCCGCCACUGGCUCCCCCAACUCGAAUCCAGUUGCGUGGGUAUAUGUUGGGUCCUCCAACAUGUCGAAGAGCGCGUGGGGCGAAUUGGCAGCUGAGAGAACUGAGAGCAAAAUCACCUGCAGAAAUUGGGAGUGCGGCGUCAUUCUUUCCGUACCUGUAGAAACCCUUCCCUCUUCCGCAGGAGAGGCCGCUUUCAAGCAACGCGAUGCCAAUGGGGACUCGGAAACAGAGACUGAAGACGAAACAUCAGCUCAGACUUCAACGCCCGAGUUUGUCAAUAUCGAGGCUUUCCGGCGCAUCAUUGACCUACCUUUCUCGAUACCAGGGGAGGAAUACAAGUCUCAGGAACCAUGGUAUUUCAAGGAGCAGAUGUGAGAUGAGGAUUGGAUACCUGUAAGUCUGAUAGUGUUCAAGUGCCCGUAUUGGGAUACGGAGAGACUGGCAGCGACGUCACUCACCGGCCGAUGAGCUGACUGCGUGUAUGAGUUUGGCCAUGCCCAUUCUCACACUACUGUAAAGACACGAAACAGAAUACGAAUACCAACGCACUUAAUCGUGCGAUGAAUAGAAUAAUAAGACAUGUCAUCGCAGUCCCC